UCACUCGGAGAACAGACAUUCCGUACUAAGACCUCCGACAAUACAGACAAGCCUGUUUGGAAUUCUGAAAAGAAACUUCUUUUGGAACAGAAUGGACCACAUGUUGCAAGAAUCUCAGUUUACGAGACCAAUAAGUUGUCCAGCAAUACUCUUGUUGGAUACUGUGAGAUUGAUCUGCUUGAAUUUCUGACCCAAGGUAUACGCACAAGUUAUGCUGAAAAGGGAGGAAAAGGCAUCAAGGGGAAAAGAAGUGAUUCUGAUUCUGACACUGAGAUCAUCAACCUUUUAGAUCCAUCGGUUCCAGGAAAAGUGGUUGGCAGCAUUUCUAUUUCAUGUUCUAUAGAGGACCCAAUUGAGACGGAGAAAGGUUUUGUAAGACGCAUCUUAUCUAUAGUGGACUUCAAUGAAGAUGGGAUGCUUUCAUUGUCUGAGUUUUCUGAUCUAAUCGAUGCUUUUGGCAAUCAAUUAGCAACCAGCAAGAAAGAGGAGUUGUUCAAAGCAGCUGACAAGAAUGGAGAUGGUGUUGUUAGCAUGGAUGAAUUGGCUGCCCUUCUUACAUUUCAACAAGAAAAGGAACCACUGUUGAAUUGCUGUCCUGUUUGUGGUGAGGUUCUUAAUAUUUCCGACCAGUUGAACAGCAUGAUUCACUUAACACUCUGUUUUGACGAAGGGACUGGAAAUCAGGUGAUGACUGGAGGAUUCUUGACUGAUAAGCAAGCUUCAUAUGGGUGGUUCUUCAAACUGAGUGAAUGGGCCCAUUUCUCAUCCUAUGAUGUUGGUAUUCGAUCUGGAUCUAGUGCUUCCCAUAUCCUGGUAUAUGAUCGGAAGUCUCAAAGGCUUGUCGAAGAAAUAAUUGACAAAAAAAUUGUUUUGUCUAUGAGAGCUAUUUAUCAGUCAAAAGUAGGCCUUGGCUUAAUGGAUGUAGGGGUUAAGGAGCUCUUGCAAAGCAUUUCCGAAAAGCAGGGAGCACGAAUGGAUUCACCUGAAUCCGCUGCUGAUAUACCCAAGUUUGUUGAAUCUUAUAAGGGUCAAAUCAAUUUGGUUGAAGUCAAGUAUCCACUGGAACAAUUUAAGACAUUCAACGAGUUUUUCAUUAGAGAGUUAAAGCCUGGUUCAAGACCAAUUUCCUCUCCUGAAUGUGAUAACAUUGCUGUAUGUGCUGCUGAUUGCCGUCUAAUGGCAUUUAAAACAGUUGAUGACAGUUCAAGAUUUUGGAUUAAGGGUCGAAAGUUUUCAGUUCAAGGUCUUUUGGGGAAAGAAAUGUGUUCCAAUGCUUUUGUUGAUGGAACUUUGGUAAUAUUCCGUUUGGCACCACAGGAUUAUCACCGUUUCCAUGUUCCAGUAUCAGGAACUAUUGAACAAUUUGUUGACAUCCCUGGAUGCUUAUAUACGGUCAAUCCAAUUGCUGUAAAUAGCAAGUACUGUAAUGUCUUCACGGAAAAUAAGCGAGUUGUUUCAAUAAUUUCUACUGUAGAUUUUGGAAAGGUGGCAUUUGUUGCAAUAGGAGCUACUAUGGUCGGCAGCAUUACUUUUACAAGGAAAAAGGGUGAUUAUGUCAAGAAGGGAGAUGAGUUUGGAUAUUUCUCCUUUGGUGGAAGCACUGUAAUUUGUGUUUUCGAAAAGAAUUCAAUAGCAAUUGAUGAAGAUCUUUUAGCAAAUAGCAGCAGAUCACUAGAGACCUUGGUUUGUGUGGGGAUGAGAUUGGGCAUCUCUACGAAAUCGUCUUGAAAUCUGGUUGACCAACUUUGGAAUUUUCAAUUUGUGUACCAUUCUCUUCUAACCAAUAACCAUGACAUUGCUAUUUUGCAAAGUACAGACGUAUUUCAACCUCUUUCAGCCGUAACUCUAGCUAAUUUUAUCUGUAUAAUAAAAUAUAGGUUUAGCUAAGCGUGAUACAAAAUCAUUGCUUGCAGUUUCAGCUUAGUAAAGCAAAUGAACAUUGAACAACCAAUAAUGUAUAAAGGAUCUUACACGUCUUUCUCUCGCGCAA